GCGCCGCUGGAAAAGCCAGGCCGGGACUUUUCCCGAGAUCCCCCCAAAAAAUUCCAGGCUCGGCAGGCGAGGGGGAAAAUCCCGGCAGGAGAAGAGAAGAGAAGAUGGCGUGGGAUCCGAGCUGGGAAUUUUUGGGAUUUUCCUGCCUCGUCCUGCUCCGAUCCCGACUUUCCCUGGCGCAGCUGAUCGAGGCCACCACGGCGCCUCCCAAGAAGAAGCCGGACCCGGUGACGUCGGAGACCGUGGUGAUCUGGGGGCUGCGCCUCUGGCAGGUGGUCGGGAUCUUCGCCCUCUUCGUCCUCUCCAUCAUUAUCACCCUGUGCUGCAUCUUCAAGUGCCGGAUCCCGCGCACGCGGAAGGAGAUCGAGGCGCGCUACGCCCAGCGCCAGGCGGCCAAAAACUACGCGGACAAACUGGAGACGGUGCCGCCCCUGGGAGAGCUCACCGAAAUCCCCGGAGCUCAGGUUCCAGAAGAAAAAAAAGAGGAAGAAGUUCCCACUGUGUCUGGAAAAGUGGACAAGGCUCAGGGAAAGAAGGAUGGAUCCAAAGACUCCAAGAAAAAGGAUGGGGAGAAGGAGCAGAAGGAAGAAUCCAAGAAGGAAGGGAAGGACGGAGCCAAAAAAAAAGACGGAGAAAAGGGGGAGAAAGGGGAAAAAGGAGGAAAAGAGGAAAAAGGAGGGAAAGGAGAAAAGGGGGAAAAGGAAAAGGACACAAACGACAAGAAACAAGGGAAAAAGGGGGAAAAAGAAGGUGAAGCUGGAAAAUCUGGAGGUGCCAAAACCGAUGGAAAAGCCGGUGGGAAUUCCAAAGCUCCAGCAAAGAAGAAGUGA